AUGGCUGGCCACGUGGGGCAGGAACUGGGGCGCCCGUACCCCUUGGCGGGGCAGGGCCUGCAUCUGGACGCCGUCCCGCCGGGCCCGGCCAACGGGGCGCCCCACGAGGGGCCCGGCAGCUUCCUGCCUGAGGCCUACAAUGGGGCGGCCCCCGGGCAGGGCUACGGCUACCGGCUGGACUACGGGCCGCAGGGGGGGCUCCUGGAGACGCAGCCAGGGGACCCCGCCAGGCACCAGGCCCUGCUCCGCGCCUGGUGCCCCUUCCCCAUGGGCGGGGAGGGCUGGGCGCCCCCCUACGGCCCUGCCCAACCCGCUGCGGCCUACGAAGGCCUGAAGCCUGAUGUCAAGCCGGAGCGGGAGUGCGGCCAACAGGGCCCCAUGUAUGGGCACGCGGGCGAGGGGGGCGAGGGCAGCGGGGCCAGCAGCCCCCAGAGUGACGGCAGCGGGGGCAGCCCCGGUGCGCCGGCGGCCCCCGGCGAGGUCAAGGCGGAGGAGGCCGAGAGCGGGGACGAGGAGACCCCGAGCACGGAGGAGAUGGAGCAGUUUGCCAAGGAGCUGAAGCACAAGCGGAUCAUGCUGGGGUUCACGCAGGCCGACGUGGGGCUGGCCCUGGGCGUGCUGUACGGGAAGAUGUUCAGCCAGACGACCAUCUGCCGCUUCGAGGCCCUGCAGCUCAGCUUCAAGAACAUGUGCAAACUGAAACCGCUGCUGCAGCGCUGGCUGGACGAGGCCGACGGCAACGCCAACCUGCAGGAGAUGUGCAGCAUGGAGAGCGCCCUGCUCCAGGCCCGCAAGCGGAAGCGAACCAGCAUCGAGACGGCGGCGCGGGGCUCCCUGGAGAGCUACUUCCUGCGCUGCCCGAAGCCCAGCCUGCAGGAGAUCGCCCACAUCGCCCACGACCUGCGCCUCGACAAGGACGUGGUCCGUGUCUGGUUCUGCAACCGCCAGCAGAAGGAGAAGCGCAGCGGGGGCUGCUCCGUCCGCGACGACUGCGAGGGGGGGGCCCUGCCCUUCGCUCCCCCUGCCCAGCUGCCAGGGCCCCCCAUGGGGCACCACCCCCACCCCCCCAGGGCUACAACGCCGCCACCUUCGCCACCCUCUACGUGCCCCAGUUCCACCACGGGGGGGGAGGCCUUCGACCCCACUCCCCCAGGCCCCCCCCUCAUGGGCCACCCCAUGCACUCCACCUGA